GUGCGGAGCCGAGGGCUCCGCGGGUGCUGCGCGUGCGUGCUGGCGUGCGUACCCGUGUAGUCUGGUGUGGGGUGAGUGGUCUCGGUGAUAACGGGCUGAAGCUCCUCGUCUGCGGGAAGAGGCGUGGGGUGCAGUCUUAAAAAAAAUAACAUAAAAAUGGCUUCAAAAAGAGCUUUGGUCAUCCUGGCUAAAGGAGCAGAGGAAAUGGAGACGGUCAUCCCUGUAGACGUCAUGAGGCGAGCUGGGAUUAAGGUCACUGUUGCUGGCCUGGCUGGAAAAGACCCAGUGCAGUGUAGUCGUGAUGUUGUCAUUUGUCCUGAUGCCAGUCUCGAAGAUGCAAAAAAAGAGGGACCAUAUGACGUGGUGGUUCUACCAGGAGGUAAUCUGGGUGCACAGAAUUUAUCUGAGUCCGCUGCCGUGAAAGAGAUCCUGAAGGAGCAGGAAAAGCGGAAGGGCCUCAUAGCCGCCAUCUGUGCAGGUCCUACCGCCCUGUUGGCUCAUGAAAUAGGCUUUGGAAGCAAAGUUACAACACACCCACUUGCUAAAGACAAAAUGAUGAAUGGAAGUCAUUACACCUACUCUGAGAAUCGUGUGGAAAAGGAUGGUCUGAUUCUUACAAGCCGUGGUCCUGGGACCAGCUUCGAAUUUGCUCUCGCGAUUGUUGAGGCGCUGAGCGGCAAGGAGGUGGCCGACCAAGUGAAGGCUCCACUUGUUCUUAAAGAUUAGAGCAGGAGAAUGUGCCCGUGAGUGAGAGGAACGGAGUUUGUGAUCCAUUCUCACUGCAUUUGCAUUAAACACGUGGUUGGCUAAUGUGCCCCCACGUCGUCAUUGCUGCUUGUGUAGUUGCGAAGUCUCAAUUGCACACGGAUUGUAUCGCUCGGCCUACGAGCUGUCUCUACAUUUCUGAACCUUGUUUGCAGAAUAAACAGGGCAUUUAGCAAACUA